AAACGCAAUUUUAUUUUGCUAAUAUUUGUACUUAAGUGCACUAUAGUAAGUUACUUGAUGAUAUUGUUCUCCAUUUGCGUGGGUUUUUAUACCACUUAAAUUCCUUUUCUUCGUCUUUCUUCUUUUUUUUUUCAUUAUUAAUUACACAUUACCUCCCAAUCGUUUUCACUUAUUUAUUGCAAAACAAUAAAAGAUCAGGUAAGACAUCACAUGAAUCUAUCAUCAAAAUAUAAGAUUGAUUAAAAAAAAAUUGAACGAAUUCAAAUGAAAAUUAGUUACAAAAUGUACGUGGAUUUUAAAUUGUUUUAUUGAUACAAAUCAUAACAUUAAUUGAGAUAUAAAAAUGAGUAAUAAUCUAAAAACACAUCUCUUCCGAUAAAAAAAUCUUUUGCUAAAAUUAUGUACUCCUACUUAGUAGUAAAAAGGAAAAAAAAAAGUUUCUCCAACUACACCUCUACCUAACACCAUCCACACCAACCACACCAAACGGAGCCACCAACUCCCGCUCCACUUUCCUCCAUCAUCAUCAUCACCAAAUUUACAUAAAUUCACGUUAACUAAAUUCAAAUUCAAAACUCCAAUUCCCCUGCUUUCUUUCUUGGUAGGAAAAAAAAAUGGCUUUACUAGUGAUAAUUCUCUCAACUACCCUUAUCUUCCUAGCCUAUAAGCUAUACCAACGGCUGAGGUUCAAGCUUCCGCCGGGCCCCCGGCCGUUACCGGUGGUCGGAAACAUAUACGACAUCAAACCGGUGAGGUUCAAGCAGUUCGCGGAGUGGGCCAAUAUCUACGGCCCAAUAUUCUCUUUCUAUCUGGGCUCACAGCUGAACACGGUGGUGACCACGGCGGAAUUAGCCAAGGAAGUUCUGAAGGAGAAUGAUCAACAAUUGGCGGAUCGGUACCGGAGCCGGCCGUCGGCGAGAAUGAGCCGGAACGGUCAGGAUUUGAUCUGGGCCGAUUAUGGGCCUCAUUAUGUUAAAGUACGUAAGCUGUGUAAUCUUGAGCUUUUCACUCCAAAGAGGCUUGAAGGGCUAAGGCCUAUUAGGGAAGAGGAGGUUUCUGCCAUGGUUGAAUCCUUUUACAGAGACGCCAUUAAACCAGAAAAUGCUGGAAAAAGUUUGGUGAUUCGCAACUACUUGGGACCUGUAGCAUUCAACAACAUAACUAGGUUAACAUUUGGAAAGAAAUUUAUGGAUUCUGAGGGUGUGGUGAAUGAACAAGGCCAAGAAUUUAAGGGAAUCGUUUCCAAUGGCCUCAAAAUUGGAGCGAAACUUCCCGUGGCUGACUACAUUCCUUGGCUUCGAUGGAUGUUUGUGCGCGAAAAUGAGGAGCUCGAUAAACAUAAUGCUCGGAGAGACAGACUGACCAGAAUGAUCAUGGAAGAGCACACACUUGCAAGGCAAAUGACUGGCAACACAAAGCAGCAUUUUGUUGAUGCAUUGCUCACACUUCAGAAGCAAUAUGACCUUAGUGAUGACACCGUCAUUGGACUCCUCUGGGACAUGAUUACUGCUGGCAUGGACACAACCACCAUAUCAGUUGAGUGGGCUUUGGCCGAGCUAGUAAAGAACCCAAGGGUGCAGCAGAAGGCACAAGAAGAACUUGACCGUGUGAUUGGCACGGACAGGAUCAUGACGGAAGCUGAUUUUGCUAGACUUCCUUAUCUGCAAUGCAUCACCAAGGAAGCUCUAAGGCUACACCCUCCCACUCCCUUAAUGCUCCCACACAGAGCGAAUGCUAAUGUCAAAAUCGGUGGUUAUGAUAUUCCAAAGGGAUCUGUUGUACAUGUUAACGUUUGGGCCAUCGCCCGUGAUCCAACAACCUGGAGAAACCCAUUGGAAUUCCGACCCGAGAGAUUCCUGGAGGAGGAUGUUGACAUUAAAGGACACGAUUAUCGGCUGCUUCCAUUUGGCGCCGGAAGAAGGAUCUGCCCCGGCGCUCAACUUGGACUCAAUCUGGUAUCUUCAAUGUUGGGGCACCUGUUGCAUCAUUUUACUUGGUUGCCACCACCGGGCGUCAGGCCUGAAGAAAUCGACAUGGAGGAGAGCCCGGGAGUAGUGACUUACAUGAAAUCCCCCUUGCAAGCUGUUGCCACUCCUAGGUUGCCAGCGCACUUGUACAAUCGCGUUGAGCUUGAGAUAUGAUAUACCUGUAUCCCCUGUUCUAUCUACUACAUCUUUUGCUUGUAAGAGAGUUUGUUCAAUUUCCUAGGAAUUAAUGAAGCUUUUGACUGAAUGCAGGUUGAACCCGAUUUUCAGCAGUUUUAGAUUAGUACUUUCUGUGAAUUUAGAUUAUGAAAUCGUGCCGCAACAGUGGAAAGAUGACAUUUCACUACUCUGUUUGUCUAAAUUAAAUAAAAAAAUAAUUGAAUUAAACCAAUAGAAAUGAAAAUGAGAAAUUGAGAUUUUAAUUCAAUCCUUCUUUGUCUGGGAGAUCUUCUGAUCACUCAAGAACAACUUUAGAAACCCCACCAUAGUGCGGAAGGAUAAAAACCAAAGUACUUACUUCAAUGGACAUAGUAAUACUAACUUUUUCUAAAUUUUUCAAUUGUUUCUAAAGCCUAAACAAACUUCUAUCCUUC